GGGGCAGCCUGCUUAACAGCUGGGCCUGAGUGAGAACGCGGAAGAGUGGGAGUGGGAAUAUUCAGCCAACCAUCCUUUGUUUACCAUCAUGAGUGAACCUUGAAUUUGGUUGCUACAACAACCACAGCCUCCCAGCAUUUACCUCUUAUAUGAGCAAACCAGAACCUUAGCGCGCGCUAGCGUUGCCGAUAAGAUUUUUAAAGCUCAAUCUGUCCCGUGUGCUGUGCCAAGUUAAGCCUGACGGGGGCGAUGUCUGACAGCAGCAACAGCACAGGCAGCACAGGCUCCUCCACCAACAGCUGGACCCUCCUCUCCCCCGAGGAAGCUGCCAUUGAGAAUGUCGGGCCCGUGGAUGAUGGCACAGAGAGCCUGGGGGAUGUCCCCAGUCUCUCCGAGGAGGUGGCAGGAGCUGCUGUGGAGUUCAAACCCGUUGGUAUCCCCAUAGAAACUGUACUAUCUGAAGAAGGCCACCAGGUGUGUCAAGAGACCUCUCCAGAGUCCAGUGAGGGUCCUGUCCCUUCUAGUCCAUCCCGUAUGAGCCCUCUCCCACCCAGCCUUCUUGACCCACCAGAUGUGGAUUUGGAGAGUCAGCCUCCAGUUAUCCAUGACAUUGUAACCAGUUCUCCCAGUGACAAUGAGCACCUAGGUGCCAUGCCAUUUGUCACCAACAUUGACAUGGGGGCUCCACUGGAUAUUACAGCUGUUGAAGUCCCCCCAUUCGAGUCCGAGGAGUCCUGCUCUGCACCUCUGAUGACUGAGAUCCCCAUCUCUGCAGAGCAUGAGCUCCAGAAGCCUGCUGAUGUUGGACUGAUUCCCGCAAGUCCUCCUGGGGAGAGUCAAGUCUUCAGUGCUGAACCCGAGGUUAACAUCCCCACCGAGACCCUUACAGCCACGGAUCCCCCGUCUCAUGUUGAAGCUGAUAUCAGCUUUGUUCCAGACAGCACAGAGUCACAAAGCCCAGUCCCUGAGAGCCUGAUGACAGAACAUCCUACUGAUGAAAGUCCUGCACCAGAGACUGUUGGUUCAGCUGAGGCAGAUGAGGAGGCGGCUGUUAAAAAUGAGCCUGCAAAGCCAUCAGAGCCAGUGAGGCAAGAUGAGAGAGACGAUGAAGAAGAGCCUUCCAUUAGGUAUGACUCGGGUGACAGUGGCAGCUUUGAUGAUGGACUGCGGCGGAGAAAUGUGCCCACCUUUGAGGCACAGAGACUAAGAACAUCAGACGAGGAGGAUGAGGAAGAGGAAGUAGAAUUCAAGCUGGCUGAGAAGAAGGAGGAAAAGCCAUGGUUCUCCUUGAACAAAUGCAUUGUGGGUGCUCUGGUCUUGCUAUUUCUAGGUUCCCUCUUUCUCUCAGGUGACUUUGACGCCUCCGAUUUGAGUGACGGAGAACAAAGCCAGGACGGGCUUAGCAGUGAUCCACAGGAUAUGAAAGAGCUAUUGGAUAAACUGACACAGGAAAACCAACAAAUCAUUCAGCUAGAGGCUCAACUUCAGUCUAAGAAAGAAGAACUUGACUCAGCACUGAAGGCGUUAGCAGCAAGUGGCGAUAAAAAGGGUGAAGCAGAUCUGGAAAAAGAAAAUGCAAAGCUGAAGGAGGAGCUGUCAUCUCUGCCAGAGCUGAAGAAAGAGCUCGAGACUCUCAGAGCCAGAGUGACUGAACUCAGCCAGCUCGCAGCUGAUCAGGAAAUACUUCCAGCUGCAUCUAGUUCGGCCCCACAGCCUGAAGACAAAGAUGGUCAAAGUAACCAGAAAACACCUGGACCAGAGAGGGGGAGGGACGCAAAGCAGGGAGGAAGGCUGAAGGAAGAGCUCCAGCGGCAGAAGGUUCUUUUGGAGGAGAGCAAGAAAAGGCUGGACGCAAUGAAAAAAGAUGGAGGCAAGAGAAAACAGGUCAGGGAUCACUUGGAGGAGAUCCAAAGGAAACUCUCCAAAGAAGUUGAGAUGUGGGGGAAGAAGAAGCCCCAAGAGUCCAAAUGGAAAGGGAACAAAGGCAAACACAAUGAGCGGGACCACUACAAGAAAGAGGAGAGGGGAGGAGAGAAAGGGUGGAAGCACAACAACGAGGGAGAAUGGAGGGAUAAAGAAGAGAAGAAGCAGAGAAAGGGGGAAAAAGAGUGGAAAGAUAAGGAGGGCGAAUGGAGGCACAAAGACAAGAGGGAGGGACGAGGAAAAAAAGAGUGGAAAGACAAGAAGGAGGAAGACUGGAGGCAUAAAGAUGAGAGGGAGCAAAGAGGAGAAAAACAGUGGAAAGACAAGAAGGAGCAAGACUGGAGGCACAAAGACGAGAGGGAGCAAAGAGGAGAAAAACAGUGGAAAGACAGCAAAGAGGAAGGGUGGAGAGACAAAGAGGAGAAGAAUGAGAAAGACUGGAAGCCUCAAAAGCAAAACUCUCAUAAAGAGGCUUGGAGGAAACACCAGGACGAGUGGGAGAGCAAGAAGGGUGAGAGGAGAAUGGACAGAGAGGAGAGGAGGAAGGAGAAACCGUGGCACAGCCGGUCUGCUAAAAACCACCAGCAUCACCAUCAGCAGCCCCGCCAUCCUCAUCAGCACCACAACAACGAUUUCUGGAGAGACCAGGAGCAAAAGCUCCAACGCAACGUCCGUCCCCAGCUGGGCUGCACUUCCGUGGAGGACUGCGCCAGCAAGGAGGGGCUCUAUCCAGUGGAGCUGUCCGAGUUUGAGGAACUUCUGGAGGGCUACCUGAGCAAGCUUGAAAGGUCAUCAUCAGAGAGCAAGGAUAGGUUCAGGAGGCUGACUGCAGACUACUUUGAGGACGGCAUGUUCAUCCACGACAGGAUUCGUUUCAGCGACUUUGCUGAGGAUGUGGCAGACAUUUUGGAAGACAUGGUGGAUGUUUUAGAGGGCGACGGGAAGGAGGACGACGACUCCCUGGAGGAGGAGAUGGAGGAGUUUGAGCGAGAAGCCCUGUGGAAGUUUGCUGCCACGGCUUAAAAAAACGGACGCAGAGAGGAAACCAGUGGUGGUUUUAUAGGACAUUUCUUGCCUACCUUCUCUUCGGAGCUGUAAUAGUAGUAGCUUCUGGCACAGAGUGGUUGUGCCUCUCAUAAACAUGUCUCUCUGAGUCUGUAAUUAUAAGCUAGACUUGUAUUUGUCAUCUUGGACUUAGUCGUUGUUACCUACCUCUGUCGAGUCAUGCAUCCUAAAUCAAAGUCCUUCAGUAAUGUGUUGUGUGAAUUUCCUCUGCUGUUUAGUGCUUUACACACGUGUAGUGCAUGUUACAGUUCAUUAUAAUGUCAGUUUAAAUUGAUCACACAGAUCACAGAAGAUGGUAUUUGCAAAUAACCAUCAGCACAGCUUAUAUACCGUUAUAUAAGUUGUGAAUAGGAAAAAAAAGGGGGGUUUAUUUAUGUCAUUUCAUCUUGUAUGGGAGCCUGACUAAUCUCUACUCCAAGCAGGUUAAAAAAAUACUGGAAUGUUUUUGCAGAUAGCAUUUAUCCCUGCUCGGGUGUGACUGUCCAAUCCCAGAGGAUGAGAUCCCGGUCCUUUCAGUGAUAACAAUCAGAUCAGGUCGGACCAGUUUUCUGUCAGCAGCUCUUUAUUUGGCCAAACACACACAGAGGACUGCCUGAGAGGGCCUGAUUUCUAGAUUUGAAGAACUUUUCCAUCCUCUUGGCCGACGGCAGAUGUGUGGAACAACCAGGAACCAGUUUGUGCUGCUCAAGAAAGAAAAAAAGCAAUAGUCUAUAGCCAUAGUUAAGUUGAACAUUGCUAAACCACUUUAGCACUUUUCUCAAACAUUUGAGAACCGUCUUUUUUUAAAUUUUUUGUUUCCAAUUAGAUUUAUUUUAAAUAGGCAUUUUUGGUUUUUUUGGUUUUUUUAGGACAGGUUGUUUUUUUUUGUUUGUUUGUUUGUUUGGUAGUGUAUCCAUGGAGACUGCUAACACCGCUCAGUAUCCCACAAUCUGAGUAAAAUUAGAGAGGUUAGUGAGCUGAAGUAGUUUCAUUUACUUAAUCUGUUAAUUUGCCAAAAUGAAAUUGGCAACAAAACAAACAUAUAUACAUAUUUUUUCCUUUUUUCUCACGCAUAGAUUUGAAGUGGCAUGCGUGGCAGUGACCUAGAUAUAGCUUUGUUGUUUUUAGGUGAUAUAAAUAAGCACGAAAAAAAAAAAAACCAUUUCAUUUUAUUUUUAAUUUUAUUUUAGUGUAGGUAGGUGAACCAACACAAAGCAAAGUCCAAAAUAUAUUUCAGAAUUACUUUAAAAUUGUGAAAAAAUAGUUGUUUUAUUUGUAUUUUGAUUGUAGUGAAAUUUGACUUUUCCCUCUAUUUGUGGAUGUGAAGUUGAACAGAUUGUGAUUGUUUUCUCUCAACAGUGAUUUCAUGUUUAUUUAUUGUCUCACUACAGUGCAUCUCUUUUUCUUAUUUUUAAUGAGAAGAACCACAGAUUUUAUCCCAGGCCGUAUGCUUUGAAUGUGAAAAUGGUGACAUUUUCAUUAAUUUAGCUUGCCAGCUCCUGCUUAUGUGCCUUUUAUUAUAUUACAAAUCCUUUUGAUUAGACGAGAGGUAGUUGAUUUUAUUAGCUUCUGCAAAGAUUAGUAAGAAAAGCAAGUUUACACGACUUGUAAUUUUACUGCUGUUUGAAUGAAUGUCGUAGAGUUUACACGUAAAAUGUUGAGCUGAUUUUAAGUUUUGGAGAAGGAUGUUUUGUCUUUUUGAAGGUGUCCAGACCAAAGGAUUCAGAAGAACGCUAAUCACAACGGAUGAAUCUUUUAAUGAAGCAGAGUUUAAUAUUUGAGGACUAUUUUUGUGUUUGUGGGACAACAGUAAGGCUCUGUGCUUACCGAUAAUGUAGGACCUGACUCAAACAUGCAUGUAAUUGAUCACUGGACAAUUUCUAGUUAUUCCCCCGAUCAACAGUUAUGUCCUCAUUUUGAAGAUCAAUAUUAAGUUCAAUAAAUCUUUCACCCUUGAUACGUAAACAAUGUCU